CCAGGAGGGGUGGGGGCGGGGGGGGGGGGGCGAAAAAUGGCGCCGGCGCCCCUCGGCGGCCUGGAGGAGCAGCUCCUGGGGUGUCGGUCCGCACCACUCUGGCGGCUCCUAUUCCUCGUCCAGGCCGUUCUGCCCGCCGCUGGCGCUGGCCUCUGUCCCGCACACUGCUCUUGCCGCAUUCCUGUGCUGGAUUGCAGCCGCAGGAAACUGCCCGCGCCGGCCUGGAGGGCGCUGUCCGGCUCGCUGCCCCCCGACACGGCCAGCCUGGAUUUGAGUCAUAAUCGAUUGUCUAACUGGAACAUCAGCUUGGAAUCACAAACAUUACAGGAAGUGAAAAUGAAUUACAAUGAAUUAACAGAAAUACCAUAUUUUGGAGAGCCAUCAUCUAAUAUUACUCUGCUUUCAUUAGUCCAUAAUCUAAUUCCAGAAAUAAAUGCAGAGGCAUUCCAGUUUUACCCUGCUCUUGAAAGUUUGGACCUCAGCUCAAAUGUAAUAUCAGAAAUCAAGACAUCCUCAUUUCCUCGAAUGCAACUUAAAUACCUAAAUUUGAGUAAUAACAGGAUAAGCACCCUGGAAGCUGGUUGCUUUGAUAAUUUAUCAAGUUCUUUAUUAGUGGUAAAGUUAAACCGGAACCGGAUUAGCAUGAUUCCACCUAAGAUCUUCAAGCUGCCCCACCUCCAAUUCUUGGAACUUAAAAGGAACAGGAUUAAAAUUGUGGAAGGUCUUACAUUCCAAGGGCUUGACUCCUUAAGAUCUUUGAAAAUGCAGCGGAAUGGAAUUAGUAAACUUAAGGAUGGAGCAUUUUUCGGCCUGAAUAACAUGGAAGAACUAGAACUGGAACACAAUAACCUUACUUGGGUGCAUAAGGGGUGGUUGUAUGGCUUGCGAAUGCUACAGCAACUCUAUGUGAGCCAGAAUGCCAUUGAAAGAAUCAGCCCUGAUGCAUGGGAGUUCUGCCAAAGACUCUCCGAACUUGAUUUGUCUUAUAACCAGCUGACCCGCCUGGAUGAGUCUGCCUUUGUGGGUCUGAGUUUACUGGAGAGAUUGAAUUUAGGGGACAACAGAGUCACUCAUAUUGCUGAUGGUGUAUUUAGGUUUCUUUCCAAUCUUCAGACACUAGACUUAAGAAACAAUGAGAUUUCAUGGGCCAUAGAAGAUGCUAGUGAAGCCUUUGCUGGACUCACAAGUCUCACUAAAUUAAUCUUACAAGGAAACCAGAUUAAAUCAAUUACAAAGAAAGCAUUCAUUGGUCUUGAAUCUCUUGAGCAUCUGGAUUUGAACAACAAUGCUGUAAUGUCUAUUCAAGAAAAUGCUUUUUCUCAGACUCACUUGAAAGAACUGAUUCUGAACACAAGCAGUUUGCUCUGUGAUUGCCAUUUGAAGUGGUUCCUUAAAUGGCUGGUUGAUAACAACUUCCAUCAUUCUGUGAAUGUAAGCUGUGCGCACCCUGAGUGGCUGGCCGGGCAAAGCAUCCUGAAUGUGGACAUGAAAGAUUUUGUCUGUGAUGAUUUUCUGAAACCACAGAUAAAGACACACCCUGAAACCACAGUUGCUCUGAGAGGAAUGAACGUGACUCUGACAUGCACUGCCAUGAGUAGCAGUGACUCACCCAUGUCUACCGUGUGGCGCAAAGACAGUGAAAUCCUGUACGACGUGGAUAUUGAAAAUUUUGUUCGCUAUUGGCAGCAAGCUGGGGCAGCUCUGGAAUACACUAGCAUCUUACAUCUCAUCAAUGUGAAUUUCACAGAUGAAGGAAAAUAUCAGUGUAUUGUCACUAAUCAUUUUGGUUCCAAUUACUCUCAGAAAGCCAAACUGACUGUGAAUGAGAUGCCAUCUUUUCUGAAAACUCCAAUGGAUCUAACCAUUCGCACUGGUGCCAUGGCCAGGUUGGAGUGUGCUGCAGAGGGACACCCUGCACCUCAGAUCUCCUGGCAGAAGGAUGGUGGUACUGACUUUCCUGCAGCUCGAGAAAGACGUAUGCAUGUCAUGCCUGAAGACGAUGUCUUCUUCAUUGCCAAUGUGAAAAUAGAAGAUAUGGGGGUCUAUAGCUGCAUGGCCCAAAAUAUAGCAGGAGGCCUCUCAGCAAAUGCUUCCCUAACAGUUUUAGAGACACCCUCCUUUAUUAGACCCCUGGAGGACAAGACAAUAACCCGAGGUGAAACAGCUGUAUUACAGUGCAUAGCUGGAGGCAGUCCUGCCCCUCGUCUUAAUUGGACCAAAGAUGAUGGACCACUGCUGGUGACAGAACGACACUUCUUCGCUGCAGCCAACCAGCUCCUCAUCAUAGUAGAUGCUGGGCUAGAAGAUGCUGGAAAAUACACCUGCAUUAUGUCUAACACCCUUGGAACAGAACGCGGCCACAUUUACCUGAAUGUCAUUUCAUCCCCCAAUUGUGACUCUUCUCAGGGUAGCGUUGGGCAUGAAGAUGAUGGCUGGACCACGGUUGGCAUUGUCAUCAUUGUUGUGGUCUGCUGUGUUGUGGGUACUUCUUUGAUCUGGGUCAUUGUUAUUUACCACAUGAGAAGGAAGAGUGAAGACUAUAGUAUCACCAACACAGAGGAGCUCAAUUUGCCCGCAGACAUUCCCAGCUACUUGUCUUCCCAAGGAACCCUGUCUGAGCCACAGGAAGGCUACAGCAACUCGGAGGCAGGCAGUCAUCAGCAACUUAUGCCUCCCGCCAAUGGAUAUAUCCACAAAGGCUCUGAUGUAGGUGGCACUGGUCCCCGAGUGAUGUGCUCAGAUUGUUGUGAGAGUGCCAACGUCUACUCCAGGACCCGAGAGUACUGUCCAUACACCUACGUUGCUGAGGAGGAUGUUCUAGAUCAGACACUGUCCAGCCUUGUGGGCCAGGUACCCAAAGAGGCAUAUUUGACACAUCCUCCCCAAGAUGCCGCAGUCCUGGAGAGCCUGAUAGCAUCGGUAGACAGAGAGCUGUCUGCCUUUCCCACCAAUCAUGAGAGGAUGAACGAGAAGAGACUGCCCUCCUCACAGAUGAACAGUGAAGCCCUGCAGCAUCCUCUGUGGAACGUGAACAGAGACCUGGGCCUGCCUCACCCUCCCUUCUCCCAGCAACCAGGCUUUGACUCUCCACAGCUCCAUCAAAAGGAAGGCCUGGCUGAGAGCGAGCCGGACUGCUCUUCCUCCCCCGUGUCCUGCCACAGGUUACACGACCACGCUGUCAGUUCCAGGAGGACUCGGGACAUUCAAAACUGUACUGAAGGCACAUGAAACUCACUCCAAGGCGAAGUGUGGGCCGAGACUGAGAGUGGUUCAUUUUGUAUUUACUACCUCAGCGUUCAGAAGAAACCCCAAAGUCAGCAUUUGUUCUACUCUUGGUUUAUGAUUACACCUGACCGCACCAGGGUGGGCCAGGCAUUUGUUUGGGCUUAUGCCUGCUGAAGAAAGGGUAACAGCUGACAGAAAUGGGAGCGAACAGUCAGAGACACGCAGCACCGGCAGAGCAGGAUAAGGGCGAGUGUGCUUCCUGCUGGCUGCACGGGCACGUGCCCGGGUGUGUGUUGCCCAUCAGGAGGUCUCAUUGCUGCUUCAUGUUCCAGAUCCUUCCCAUCUUCAGAAUGAUCCUGAGAAAGCGACACUACUUUGAUGUUCUGCUUUGCCUUCCGGAAGUAAUUGGGGGCCUCCCAGAAGUGUGCCUGGGAGUCUUUGGGGAUUUGCAGCAGCCUGUGGAGAUUAGGGCUUUGAUAUUCAAAGUCUUGGAUAGAAUUUGGGCGCUUGACCAGCUGGUACCAGGUCAAAGGUUUUGUAUUGUGAAUUUAUUUUUGUCCCUAUUGCCCAGGGAUUUCAUUGUAAAUAUAUGUGUAUUGAUAAAUAAUUUUUUAUUCAUUGAUCAUAUGUGUUGGUUGCAGUGUAAAUAUUUUUAUAUGCCAAAAUUAUAUAUAAUAUCCAGUUAUAAUAUUGACAGUAGCUUGUCAGAUCAUGGUCAGAUUUUUUAUAACUUGGCUUAAUGAGAUCUAAAAACUGUGUGUGAAGAUCUCAGGACAUAAUUGUUUAGAAGCGUGUUUAGAGGCAGGAUACCUAGUGGCUGUGUGCACACAAACACAGUCUUGCUGUAAUUAACCGCGUUCUUCCUGCCUAGAGAUGCAGUGUGUGAUCGUUUGCCAUCUGUUUGUGAGUGCCAGGUGUUGCUCCCCUUCUGGCAUGAAAGGCUCGCCCUUCGAGGUGGCAGUGCGUCACAGCUGUGUGCGGAGAGGGGUGCUUGUUGUGGGAGUGUCGUCUGCCGGCAGGCUGCUUCCUUGACGGGGAAACCGAAGACUGCUGCUUUUCUGUGCUGUUUAAUCUCUGUGCCGUUGCGCACGGUAUACUUUCAGAAGGGAAGCAUGCUCUUGGGAGAACAGGCAGAAAUUCCUAUGCUGUCAAACAGUGGUGUGGUCCUCCUUCUGUAAGUGUAAUAAGCCAAAAAGUUUUCUUGGAUUUCUGAUAUCAAAGAGCUUUAUAUAAACAAAGAACACUCUCAUGGAAUGUAAUGAAAUUCUUCUUUCUUUGUGCUUAUACAGGCUGUCCAAUUCUUUCCUCUAAAUCUAAUCUUAGUUAACUUACUAGAUGGCUCUAAUCACUUAAAAAUGUAUGUAAGUCAUUGUGUUCUGAACUCAUAGAACUGCUCAGCUUUUUGUCAAAGUGCAGCUGAAUUUCCUCCUUGUUUUUCCCCUAAGUGUGUCUAACAUGGCAGCAGCACUUUGGAAAGUACUGCAGUGCCUUGCCUUUUCCUCUGUAUGCUGUCAGCCUCUGUUUAUUUUCACUUGGAACCACGUAAAUAUCACAAUUUUCCCAUCCCUUCCAUACGCACUCCCUCCUCUUGUAGGAUUAUAGUGUAGUUUGUCCUGGGCUCACUCGGAGCUAAGAGACUGCUCCUUACCAGCAGUGUAAUCGGAGGUCGAGUCCGUUUGCUUUGCUAGGCUCUGUCUUCUCAUUUGUGAAAUGAGGGCAUUUACUAGACGCUCUGAAGCCCUCUCCAGCUGUCACAUUCUGUGAACCUAAUUCCCUCCCGGAACCAAAGAGGAUUAUGUGACGUUAAUAAAAAGCUGCUCUCAUGAAAUGUUCGUUAGAGUAGAACAAGAGUGAUGCUGCUUACUCUGACUUGAGCCAGAUUUAUCUCCUUUGUAGCAGGAGUAAUGGUCUAAGAAAUAUCCAUGAGGAGAAAAAAAACCUUCUUAACAGUACCAGUAAAGCUGAACCCCUGAUCAGGCCUGCAGCCUGUGCUGUGGUGCCCCGGGCAUCAGGAUCCGCUGCGGCGGUGCCCGUUUGUACCUUUCUGUUGUAUUCAAGCUGUCCCUGUAAGGUUGCACGUGCAGUCAAGUUCUGACAGGCUUUCUUGAGUAAAACGGUGGAUCUGAGGCUCGGCUGCCAGGGAGAGCCAGGAGCGUGAGCUGUCGCAGGCGAGAGGGCAGAAGAGGGGCCGUGAGCCUGUGCUCUGGGCAUUAGCCCCUCCCCCUGACUGUUACGCCAACUCAAGUAGUUGAGAUGUCCCCCCAGAUAUGCCUACUUUGCCUGAAUAACUAGUCUGGGAUCUGGUUAAAUGUGAAGUAGCUGUGGUCUUUUUUAAAAAUUAAGAAAUUCUAAUCCUAGGAAAAGGAAUUCCUGCAGUUUUUCAUGACAGCCCGUGUUUUAACCAAACAGUGCUUUACCCUGAAGAUCAACAGGAUUAGUGACUCAUCCGUGUUUCUUCCUGACGGUGCAUGUCUCCUAGUGCUAACUCCGUGGGCUGUGGCAAAGCAAGGCUGAAAUGCAGAGAGGACCCACCCCCACCCCACCCAGUUUGUAGUCCAGUGGCUUUUUUUUUUUUUUUUUUUUUUUUAAGAUUUAUUUAUUUGUUUGAGAGGCAGAAGCAGAGAGGUCUUCUAUCUGCUGGUUCACUCCCCAAAUGGCCACAACAACAGCCAGAGCUGGGCCAAUCUGAAGCCAGGAGCCAGGAGCUUCCUCCAGAUCUCCCACAAGGGUGCAGGGGACUUGGCCCAUCUUCUGUUGCUUUCCCAGGCACAUUAACAGGGAGCUGGAUCAGAAGUGGAACCACUGGUCUUUGAACCAGUGCCCACAUGGGAUGCCGGCACUGCAGGCAGCAGCUUUACCUGCUACACCAUAGCGCUGGCCCCCAGUGUUAUCUUUGUGCCCCUCUUAGGCUGGUCCUCCCAGUUUACCUGGAAGAAGCAGCAGUAUUUUGCUUCAACUCCAAGGUUGUUGCCAGCAUAGGAUCUAACCCUCUGCCAUUGAUUUUCUGUCCUGGUGGCUUCUCAAGUACUUUUUGCUUUCCAGAAUACAGAUUGUCAGAAACCUAGCCUAAUGUACAAGUGCCCCUACAGCACCGCCUCAGACUGCCCUAAGUGUGGGUGCUUCUGUCAGAAAGUGGGCAUGUUUAAAACAGCUGCCUUCACAUUGCCCACUGCAGGGCUGUAAAAGGAGCACUCAGCUGCAAGUUGUUUAGGCCCCGUUUUUCAUUUUCCGUUGCAGAAGGACUUAAAGGGUUCAUGUGGAACGAGGAGUUUAUUCCAGAGGACAGGAGUCACAUGACAUGCAGGGGCUGUAGUGUUCUCGCUGGUAACCCUCUAUCAGCUAACACAUUUAUGGAACAGUUGGAAUAAUCAGCCUUUCAGGAAAGAUAGGUAAUCAUCUGUGAGUAGUGUUGAAGAAAUCCUUGCACUGAAAUGGAAUACGGGCAAGGGGACUGUUAAGGAAACCCCAGAAGCAACCCGAUAGUCUUAAGAACUUUGUCUUGCAAAAUCCUCUGUGCUGGGUUUAGAACACUUCAGAAAUUUUUAAAAACUGAAUAUUGGGGCUUUGAUUAACCUGAUUCAUGCCUGAAAUCAUGAAAUUCAGAACUUAUUUUUUUAAAAGAUUUAUUUAUUUAUUUAAAAGGCAGAGUGACAGGGAGAAAGAGACAGAGACAGACGUCUUCUAUCCACUCAUUCACUCCCCAGAUGGCCAAGGCUGGGCCAGGCUGAAACCAGCCAGAACUCCAACCUGGUCUCCUACGAUAAAUUCUACAUAUUGUACCCAUUUUCCUGAUGUGAAAAUGGAGGCUUAGACAUACAUGUCAAGGGAUUUCUCAAGGUUUCAAGAUUCAAAUCCUUAUCAUUGACUACAAAGUACAUGCUCUUUUUUUUUCUCUCUCCUUUUUAAAGCUUUAUUUAUUUGAAAGGCAGAGUUACAGAGAGAGAGAAAAGGAGAGAGAGCUUCUGUCCGCUGGUUCACACCCCGAAUGGCUGCAAUGGCUGGGGCUGGGCCAGCCUGGAACCAGCAGCUUGGAACUCCAUCUGGGUCUCCCACUGAGUGACAGCGGUCCAGGCAUUUGGGCCAUCUUUUGCUGUUUUCUCAGGUACAUUAGCAGGGAGCUAGAGUGGAAGUGGAGCAGCUGGGACUUGAACUGGUGUCCAUAUGAGAUGCCGGCAUCACAGGCAGUGGCUUAACCCACUGUGCCACUAUGCUGGCCUCCAGAACAUAUUCUUCUGAGGAAGUCUAUAUAUAGUAACACAAUUGGCAUUACUGUAAUAAAAUAAUUAAAACCUGUAGCUUGUCACUACUCUCCUCUUACUCUUUGGUUGACUUUGUUUCUUACCUGUGGGGCCACAGUUGAAAUGGGCUUGGGAUUUGUGAUCAGCUUAUAUCCAGUAUUUUACCCAAGUGUGUUAACAGCCUUUUCUAAUAGUGUCAUUAGCCACAGAAAUGCUGGUGUUCUAUGUGCCGCCCUCCAUUUCUCACUUGUUAAGGAAUGCACAUUAUGGAGGUAAUUGUGGAAACAGUUGGACUUUAGAAGGUGAAGUGUUUUGUUUGUUUUUUUCUCCAGCCUGCAAGUGACUUCCAUUUUUCUGUUCCAUGAUCUGUUUCCCAGAUCAGUGAGGCAGAUUUUCCCCCCUACUUCCUCUACCCUAAACUUUUUUUUUUUGUUUGGAGGACAAUCUAGGAUCAGUUAGCCUUGAUUUUCUUUCUAUUUGGACAUCUUCCUGCUUCGUUGACAAAAGUUAAAUUUCACAAUUAAGAGAGAUAUUACAAGCUGCUUUAAACCAAACAACACCUGAAAAUCCAAGAACCAUCUGGAGGUUUUGUGGAUUAUAAGGUACAGGUGUGUGUGUGUGUGUGUGUGUUUCAGGAGUUAAGAUGUGUGUGGGUGUGUGUAUGUGUUUCAGGAGUUAAGAUUGUGUGUGUGUGUGUGUUUGUGUGUCUGUGUGUCUGUCAGGAGUUAAGAUGUGACCUUCCCUCAAGGUUGUGUGUUGAGUGUUUCUGAGCAGGGCUGGUAAUCUUCAAGGGGCGGGGCGGGGCGGGGCGGGGCAGGGCUGGGCGGGGCCAGGGCGAAGCAGCUUACCUGAAGCUGUUUUCAGCUGAGCAGAGCCAAGUGCUCUCUUCCCAGCUGUUGCUGUCCUCCAGGAGAAACUGACUGGGGGGUCAAGUGCUCCUGACCUGCACUGUGCAAAGGUGGAUUCCCCUUCGCCUGCCCAGCCCCGGCUUCCCCUCUGUCAGCAGCAGAGCAGCUCUGCUAUCAGACAGACAGAAGCACAGGCCAAGCUGUUCAUUGUGACCCUCCCCUGGUCUCUAGUUACGUUCCUCACACGUAAGAAUGUAUAUUUUACAGAGCAUGCGUUUGUCUACUUGUUUGUCCACUGUGAUAUGUCUUCAAUAAAGCUAAAAUCCGUUAGGA